AUGUUGUCAAGAUUCAGCAUUGUUUACUUUGUAGGUUUACUUCAUCGUUUACUUCGGUUUGCAGCGCUAACAUAUUUCAGCUUUACUUAUAAAAUAAUUGAUUUAAUAGUUAUUCUAAGCGAACAUGUCUAUUAUAGCCGUAAAAUGUAUCCCACAGAAGUGGAACCUAGGUUACGUCGUAAAGAUGUUUAGUAAGGUUAUUAACGGUCGUUUUGAGGCCCUCAACUUCCAGUCUAAGAGCAGGACACAGAAAUCGAAAACCUGCUAUCUGCGUCUAUCUGAUAAACUGGAUCCAGUGCAGGUUGUUGAGAACAUCAACUCGGCUGUCUAUCCUUAUCAGUUCAAACCGAUGGCGCUCAUUCCGGACCAUGUACCUGAUAUCCCCCUGGCUGCCAAGCCUAAGAAGGUGCCACAAAAGUUACGCAAGUCACUUAAGCUGAAAGCAGACGAUACACCUGACAAGGUAAUAACAAUAACAAAAUUUGAGAUUAUAGCCGAGAUGCAGGCAAAGUACCCGGGCUUGUAUGAUUUAAGUAGGAAGACCAACCAUACUCUACUGGAGGAUAUUGCUAAGAAAGUCCAUGAGCGUAUCCAAGUAAUCGGUGAAAACAACCCGGAGACUUUGGAGUCAUGCUUCAAGCUGAGCCAGCACUACCGGAGAGCUCAUCCUCACUUCGGAGACUUUCAACUGGUGCUCAGCACGUUACAUGCUCACGAGGAUAGAACAAACCAGCCACGGACACAGCUGCUGGAAGAGGAAUUGGCUGCCGUGAAACACAACAAGCAUACGAUCGACACCCUGCCGCAUGAGCAGGUGCAGAAAGUUGUCUACAAAUACUCAGACAGGAUCAUCAAAAAGGUGACAGAACACGUGAAUAAUCUCAAGUCUGAGGUGAUGGAGGGCGACACUGAAGAUGAGAUCGUGAGGAAGAAGGUCCGAGAGGAACUUAAGAAAAUGGCGCCUUUUCUACCGUUGAUCGUGAAGCAAGUGGUGACCAAACAUUUUGUUCCCCAAAGGACAGGAUAUCAAAGGAUGAGGAUAUACGGUGAGCCGUUCCUCCCGUCUAAAGAGACGAUGGCGCCCUUCGUGCGUCGCUACCAGCCGGUGCGCGUCAACCGCUCCGAGCGCGUCUACAACCUGCUGCGCUUCUACGUGCCGCCCGCACAUGUCGCCUCGCUGCUGGCUAUGGAUGGCACUGUGCUCAACGGAGCAAAACUAAUAAUUCGCACAUGCGACUUGCCUGCAUACAAAGUAUCGGCGGCUUUAGCCGGCACCGAGGGCGCGGGUCUUCACGAAGACAAUAUAGAGGAGGAAAAUGAAGACUGGAGUGAUAUGAUGCAAGUUUAGAACUAUAGGAGUAGAGGGGACAUUUGGGCCUGAGAGAACCACUUUUGGAAAAGUAUUCGUGAAUUCGUACCGACACCGUAAACGUCACUUAAAAAAGCUCUUCAUUAUGUAUUUUUACGUUCAAUUUUCAAGUUGUUUUAAGAAAAACGGUCGUUUAUGUUGUCUGUGAACUUGGGCUUUAAUGAUUUUUUGCAAGUAUAUCAACAUCAUCAUUAAUGUUGCAAUUGCAAAAAAAGAAUGUUUAAGCUUUUUGCAAUAUUUCUUUUUAGGUUAGCCUCAUAACGUAUCUCUAUCUAGCUCUUAUAAGUUUCGUGUAUGUUACAAAUUGGUAAUUUUUCAUAACUGGUUCACCUUAGGCCUAUGACAUUAUUCAGAUCUUGUGAGGUGUAAAAAGGUAUUCCCUAUUAUUUUGACAUGUAAUAAAUUCAAUGAAUCUGUAAGAGUGGGCUUUGUGUGGAUGGAAUGCAUAGAUUUAAGUUAACAAAUAAAACCACAUCUUUACGAA